AAUACAUAAAAUAAGAAUCCUAUUUCCUUUAAAAAACUUGCUUUGAGGGGGAAUGUUUAGGGGAUGGCAGAAGGGGUAUGCAGCGUUGGCAGAGGUGUCCUCCACCCUCUCUGUGGCUCAGGGAGGCUACAGGCUACCGUCUAAGCAGCCUCUGUGUGCCCACCUUCAAGCCUCAGUGGGAGGUGGUUGGAUGAGACAAGAUGCCAUUUGACUUCCCUCUUGAGCUGUUUUUGAGAUGAGUUCAUUAAUAAAGGCAUGGACAUGCUCGAACUUAGCCGUCCUUAACUGGUGGUGAUGCACAGGGGACAUGCUUCGGGCGUUUCAUGCAGCCCUGCGGAAUUCUCCCGUCAACACCAAGAAUCAAGCUGUGAAGGAACGAGCCCAGGGUGUGGUGCUGAAAGUGCUUACAAAUUUUAAGAGCAGCGAGAUUGAGCAGGCUGUGCAAUCACUGGACAAAAAUGGCAUUGACUUGCUAAUGAAGUACAUUUAUAAAGGGUUUGAGAAGCCCACAGAAAAUAGCAGUGCAGUGUUACUCCAGUGGCAUGAAAAGGCAUUAGCAGUAGGAGGACUAGGCUCCAUUAUAAGAGUUCUUACAGCAAGAAAGACUGUUUAAAAAAAAAAAAGACUCAUGUUGCCUUGAGAAGAAUUUUGGAUGCACAGGCUGGUGAAGAAGGAAUUGACAAUGGACCAUCUUCCUAGGAACUCCCAACUAUUUCAGGACAUGCAUCCGCUGAUGUGUAUUUUAUUUUCAAGGUGGAGGGAGAAAUUGUCUUACUGUUUCCUAAAUCCUUUUGCAGGAUCUGAUAGUCUCUGCCUUUGUCCAUGAAUAAUGCAGAGCUGACAUUGUGACUGUCUGCCAGAGUAGCUGGCCAGUGUUGGUCAGGUGUCCCUGUGCGCACUGCCUGUUUAAAACGGGAAGGGAUGCUCUGGGCAGGUACAGAUCCAAGGGCUGCGGUGGAAGGGAGAGCUUGUGUUUCUGAAUUGGAAACCCCCGGAGGGUUUGUACAGACAUCCCAUCCUCCCAGAAGGCGGGCUCUCUUGGGUUCAUUGUAAAGUGCCUGCUGCAUCAAUAAAGCUCUUGGCUUAUUAGUAUAUA